UCAGGCCUUCCUUGCUCUCAUGCCAUCAGCUGCAUACACUGCACUACAAACAAAUUGGACGAUUACAUUGCUGAUUGCUACAGAGUGGAUAAUUUCAAAAAAAACUUAUGCUUAUUGUCUGCAACCUCUUGAGGGAAGAGCUGCAUGGCCUGUGUCUCAGAGACCAAAACCAAAAGCACCUGGGCACAUCAAUAUGCCUGGUAGGAAAAAGAAGUGUAGAACAAGAGAAGAGGAAGAAAAACCAAAGACUAGCAAAGUUAGCAAGGUUGGCACAGUGAUCAAGUGUAGCUUGUGCAAGCAAAGUGGACACAACAAAACAACUUGCAAACAAAGAAAUGGAGUGCCUAGUGCUAGUGCUCCAUCUGCUUCUGCUCCUAGUGGUACUGCUCCACUUUCUGCUACGCCUAGUGCUCCUAGGGGAAGUGCUCGUCCACCAAGUGAAGCACCUGUUCUGAGUUCACAACAAAGCACUUCACACAAAAGAAGGGCCACCAUGGAGAUGGCACCACCAAGACAAGCAAAGAGAAGGGCGCCAACUAAUAACAACAGUAGGUCAAAUAAUUUCUCUGGAAAUACCUUCAAUGUACAUGGAAGCUCGAAUGUGAAUGUCAAUGUUUGCACUGGUACUUCUCGCGCGACAACUAGCAGCAAAGUUACCAAAGAGAGGAGCAGUAGCAAUGGCAGUAACAAAGGCAAGGGGACUUGCAAGGCCAAAUAUGCUCGGUUUCGAAGCUUGCUGGGAUUUGAAAAUUGAGAGUUAUUUGUGUGCUUGUGAGGUUUGUGUGUCGAUCAGACCUAUCUAUGUGAGACAUAUGUGUCAGACCUAUUUGUGAGACCUUUGUGUGUAUCAGACCUAUCUAUAUGUAUGUGAGACCUAUGUAUGUGUGUUUCAGACCUAUAUAUAUGUAUAUGUGAC